GCGUCUCUCUCUCUCUCUCUCUCUCUCUCUCUUAGUUCGCUCGAAUCGGGGGAGAAGAUGAGCUCGAAGGAAGGCGGCGGCGGCGGCGGCAAGGGCGGGAGGGGCAAGCCCAAGUCCUCCAAGUCCGUGUCCCGGUCGCAGAAGGCCGGCCUCCAGUUCCCCGUCGGCAGGAUCGCCCGGUUCCUCAAGGCCGGGAAGUACGCCGAGCGCGUCGGUGCCGGCGCUCCGGUCUACCUCUCCGCCGUCCUGGAGUACCUCGCCGCUGAGGUGUUGGAACUUGCUGGAAAUGCUGCGAGAGACAACAAGAAGAACAGGAUUGUCCCGAGGCACAUCCAGCUUGCGGUGAGGAACGAUGAGGAGUUGAGCAAGCUCCUGGGUUCUGUGACCAUUGCGAAUGGAGGGGUGUUGCCCAACAUUCACCAAACCCUGUUGCCGAAGAAGAUGGGCAAAGGGAAGGGAGACAUUGGAUCUGCUUCGCAGGAGUUCUAGGGGGUUUUUGUUUGUAGCUUGGGUCUUGUAUCAGAGAUUUUGCCAUGGGAUGACUUCUAGUGUAUAUGUUUGAAUAUGGGGUUUUCAGGUUCUCUCUUGCAGGGAAUCCUGAUAUCUUAGUAGGAUCAUGUUUUAAUCAAAUCAAAGGGUUUUUCUUUGUUUAUGUUUCCA